GUCAAAGUCCCAUCGAAGAAAAAACAAAAAAAAAUUGUCAGCAAUUGUAAUUUUUCCUUUCCACGUCAUUUUGCAGGAAAUCUUAGCAAAACAAUUGAUUUCAUUCAUUUAAUCAUCCGCAAAUAUAUCAACUCUUCGCGCGAUUCGAAGCCAAAUUCAGUCUCUGCUAUGUGCCUACGGUAGAAAAAGUGAUUUAAUGUACGAGAAUUAAACCUCCCUCCCUUGUUGUGAAGUCAAAGUGAAGAUUCAUCCAACAUCAGUGCGCUGGUAAAGUUGAUGGAUGUUUUGAUUGGUGCUAGCGCAGUAGGGCUAUUAUGCGAUGCAAUCAAGGGCAAGACGUCGAUACGGUGCUGACGAUACGGGUGACUCAUUCGCUGUAAUAACGAUCGGUUCCGACGGACCUAACAACCACCAGCGCGUCGAAGAUAUCGAGGAAAAACCGAAAUAUCCACAACCAGCCUCAGCAACCAGCUGGUUACCAUCUCUAUCGCAACGAAUCUUUGCUUCCGUUGCACCUGCUCCAGCAAACCCAGAACCUCGCAACGCUUGGCCCGAGGUGCCUCCCAAGAGAGGUACAGGAUAUUGGACGGGUAACGGACCAGCCGAAGUCCACGACGACGACGACGACGACGGGGACGAUUUGCACGGUAAAGGAAGCCUAGUUCCAGAAUUCACGAUGACGGCACGAGACCGUUCCGGCGAGUUUGCAAGUGCAAUUCGCUCGCUGCAGGGUCGCAACAUACAGCGAGCAGUAAACUUAAAAGACCCACGAAAGGCGAAACACAUGCAAAGCUACGCGGAGUUCAUGAUGAUUGCCAAACACAUUGGUAAAAACAUUGCCAGCACGUACACCAAACUGGAAAAGUUAACGCUGCUGGCGAAGAAAAAAACCCUCUUCGACGAUCGACCGGCCGAAAUUCAGGAGCUGACGUACAUUAUCAAGGGCGAUCUCAACUCGCUAAAUCAGCAAAUUGCCCGACUACAGGAAGUCUCGAAAUCGCAACGCCGGUCCACGAACGGUAAACAUUUGCUUUCACAUUCCUCCAAUAUGGUUGUCGCGCUGCAGGCAAAGCUGGCCAACAUGAGCUCCGACUUCAAGCAGGUGCUUGAGGUGCGGACAGAAAACUUGAAGCAACAGAAAACUCGACGCGAUCAGUUCAGUCAAGGUCCAAUGGCGGGUGGUUUGCCUCCAUCGACGAUGCGAGGCUCAACCCAAGGAAGCCUGCUGCUACAGGAACAGCAGGAUCAGGUCUGCAUCGAUAUGGGUGGAUCGUCGUCGGCGUCAAGUUCUGAACGGGCACCACUGUUACAGCAGCAGCAACAGCUCGUACUGUACGACGAAUCCGACAGCUACGUCCAGGAACGGGCCGAAACGAUGCAAAACAUCGAAAGCACGAUCGUGGAGCUGGGUGGCAUCUUCCAGCAGCUCGCUCACAUGGUAAAGGAGCAGGAAGAGAUGGUGGAACGCAUCGAUAGCAAUCUUCAGGACGUCGAGCUGAACGUGGAGGCAGCACAUGGGGAAAUUCUCAAGUACUUCCAAUCCGUCACCAAGAACCGCUGGUUAAUGAUCAAGAUCUUUGGCGUGUUGAUACUGUUUUUCAUCUUUUUCGUUAUCUUUCUGGCGUAGGGUACCUUUCCGCUUGGAACCAAAGGUGUUAUUUUUGUCCGCCCCUUUUUCUUUCUUUCUGUACCGAUGUAAAGUUAAUGGUUCUUCUCGAUGUCAUAACAAGUUUUUGAUUUUCAAGUGGUCCCACUACGAGGAUAAAAGGGAUCUUUUGUAGUAUAUGUUUUAUUUUUUUAGCAAAUUCAACCGAAUUACUGCUUUAGCUUUGAAAGAACGAGUACCGAAUGGUUCACACGGUGAAUGGAAUAGGAUCUGCUUUUGGGGAGAGUGAGAGAAAGAUGAAUAUUAUGUAUUAUUAAAUCAAUUGUUUGUAUAUAACACGGAACAGACCAUGUAAUACGUUGUCCCACGGGAGCAAAAAAUAAAUGCAUAUAUUAAUUUUAAAA